AAACAAAACAGUAAAUUACGCUUCAUCCUCCGAUAUACGAGUAUACGGGUCUGCCUCCGGUGAAGGGGACAGGGUACAAGGGUUAAUGUAGGAUAUUUAUAAAGGAGCUGAGCGAAUUUACCGGCAUUGUGCUGCCGGCGCUACUUUGCGACAGUGUAUCGAAUAUCAAAAUAUAAUACCAGUGUUAAAUACGUACCCUGUGUUUCAAGUAAGAAAGUUCGUAUAAAACAUAAAAAAUAAUCAAAAUGGUUCUAAACGUACCGAUGACAAAAUUCUACAACGGCAACGAAGUGCCGUCAUUUGGACUUGGUACAUGGAAGUCCAAACCUGGAGAAGUUACUCAGGCUGUUAAGGAUGCAAUUGAUAUCGGAUAUAGACAUAUCGAUUGUGCCCAUGUUUAUGGCAAUGAAAAAGAAGUAGGUAUUGCUCUUAAAGCAAAGAUGACCGAGGGUAUUGUGAAAAGGCAGGACCUUUUUAUCACCAGCAAAUUAUGGAAUACUUUCCAUAGACCAGACUUAGUUGAACCUGCUAUUAAAAAAACUUUAUCAGAUUUGGGUCUUGAAUAUUUGGAUCUUUACUUAAUUCAUUGGCCAAUGGCAUACAAAGAGGGAGAUGAUCUUUUCCCAAAGAAUGCUGAUGAUAGUCCUGCUCUUAGCAAUGUAGACUAUGUAGAUACGUGGAAAGCUAUGGAAGCUUUGGUAUCUAAAGGACUUGCUAAAAAUAUUGGUGUUAGCAACUUUAAUUCUGAACAAAUAGACAGGCUACUUAAAAACUGCAGCAUCAAACCAGUUACAAACCAAAUUGAAUGCCAUCCAUAUCUUACUCAAAAAAAACUUUCUGAUUUCUGCAAACAAAAGGAUAUUCUUAUUACUGCCUACAGUCCCCUUGGAUCACCUGAUAGACCAUGGGCUAAGCCAGAUGAUCCAAAAUUGUUAGAUGAUAAAAAAUUAGGUGAACUUGCGAAGAAAUAUAAUAAAACACCUGCUCAAGUUCUUAUUAGAUACCAGUUGGAUCGUGGUCACAUAGUUAUCCCUAAAUCAGUUACAAAAUCAAGAAUUGCUCAAAAUAGUGAAGUCUUCGACUUUAAACUUUCCGCAGAAGACAUUGCAUACAUUGAUACCUUUGACUGCAAUGGCAGGAUCUGUCCAAUGUUUGGCACGGAGCCCAGCCCUUACUAUCCCUUCCACAUUCCAUUCUAAGCAAUCGAAUUAAGUUAAAAACCAAUAUGUACAAACUACUUUCAUUGUAAUCUUUACAAUACUUUUUUCUUCUGUACAUUUUCUAAGUGAAAUUCGUAUAAAAUAAACUAUACUCUAAUAAAUA